AUGGCGGCGGCGGCGGCUAAGAACCCUCGUGUGUUCUUCGACGUCACCAUCGAUGGCAUCCAGCAGGACCGGAUCGAGAUGGACCAUUACAAGGACGAGAUGCCCUUGGUGGCGGAAAACUUCCGCGUCUUCUGCACCAACGAGGGGAACCCGCGGCUGUCCUUCAAGGGCUCCAUCUUCCACCGCAUCAUCCUGGGAUUCAUGUGCCAGGGCAGUGAGUUCCGCAAGAGCACCGGCACCGGCGCCGGCGCCGGCGGGCGGCGAUUCGUGCCUGGAGUAGGUGGUGGUGGUGAAGGAGAUUUGAUUCCCCAAGUCUGCACAUCGAUUGGAGUCCAUGGUCGUGGCUUGAGCAAGAUGAUAGACUUCCCCGUGACCGGCGAGCCGUGUGGGAGCAGUUCGUCGGCCAUGGCUGGCAACAAGGCCAGCACCCAGCGUCUCAAGGAUGUUCUGCACGUCUACCUUGACCCCAUCGAUCCCAGCAGAUGCAAGAUACGAGUGGAGUUCAUUGUAGAAACUGAAUACUUUCUCAGGGUUCACAAGGCCCAGUUCAUUGGUCGUUAUGCUGUCCAAAGCAUCGCAGGGCUCGUUUUUUAUUCAGAAAAACCCCUGGUGAUGACACAGGCUGCUGCAUCUUUGAUUCGUAGUGCUCCAUUCCAGCUACACCUGGCCUGA